AGGGUGACACCGGAAAUGGCGGGAGGGAUCAGUCAAUAUGCAGAGACUGAGAGAAGGAGAGCUUCACAGGUUGUGGCGCUAGUGGUCCUCGCACGCCCUCGCUCCGAUUUGCGCCGUUUCGGAACGCUUAUGAGGCUCUCCGUUUCGCCGUCCAUGCACAGUUUACGGAAGACUCUCGACGCGCUGCUGGCCGGGAUAGCUGCAACUGCUAGCUCUUCACUUAUCUCCAUUCCAGUUUCGAAAAUCGUCAAGAUGAAGGGAGCCGUUUACUUUCUGCUCGCCGCUCUCCUGCUGUGCAGAUGCAAGGCAACGGACGUUGCAGAGCAUCAUGAUGUGAAGAGUGCCCUUCUCGGCAAGGAAGACAGCCUUAUUGAGCGUGUCCGCAUCCAUGACAACGAGAAUGCGGAAGAAGAUGCGGCAAAGCAGCUCGGCGAGAGAGAUUCUGAGAAAGACAUUCCGCUGACCGAUUUCAUUGACAAUGAAGAUGAGUAUGAGCGUCGCUCACCGGGCGCAUUCCAAUUCCAGUCCGCUUACACCGAGAAUGAAGGACAACUAGGCCAAGCUGACGAGGAGGACUCCAUGUCUAUGUCCCAGUUUCAAGACAACGAGCUGGUUGCAGAGCGCUUGCAUGAAAACCAAGACCAGGACCGACAGUCCGAGUCGGAGUCUCUGGUGCAAGAAGAUAAUGACAUGAGCAUCGCAGAGUUCCAGGACGAUGAGAUCGAGCGCGAAGCUGAAAUGAAGGCCGCCAACAAGGACGUGAAUGCUGAACAAGCAGAUGAAUCUGAUCGCUCUCAGUCAAUUGACGAACUAGAGCAACUUGUCGAUGCUGCUUUCGACAAGGAUUGGUGAUAUUUACUCAUUUGUUGAGUUGCGCUGACUGUUCUGCAAUGCCUAUUGCCACUCUUUUACAGUAUUUUCAUCUAAUUGCACACACAUUGCUACUAUUCGUAUACUAUUAUACCAUAUACGCAUAGUUCAACUUU